GCGAAAAAAUCCAACUAGUUUCCAUCAAAUCUUUUAGCUUUUUCAAGAAAAAAAUUAAAACCCAGUUCUUUUUUUUUUUUUCUGAAUCAUCCAUCACCAUGAAUGGUGAAAAAAACAGUUCAAACAAUAGGGUACUUAAAUUAAAGUACGUUAAACUUGGUUACCAUUAUCUCAUAACACACCUUUUAAAGCUUUGUUUAGUCCCUUUAAUGGCUGUUAUAAUCGUUCAAGCAUCGAGGUUAAGCCUUAAUGACAUCCACCAAACAUGGCUUCACCUUGAACAUAACCUUGUCUAUGUCGUCGUGUUGUCGGCUUUCGUUUUGGUCGGGUCGACCGUUUACUUUAUGACCCGAAAAAGAUCCGUUUAUUUGGUGGAUUAUGCCUGUUAUCUCCCUCCUUCGAAGCUAAAAAUGGAACACGACCGGUUCAUGAAACAUUGUAAGCUAAUGGGUUGUUUUGAUGAGACCUCUUUGGUGUUUUUAGACAAGAUUUUGGGAAGAUCAGGGCUUGGAGAAGAAACAUGUGCACCAGAAGCAAUGCAUUGUCUUCCACCAAAACCAUCAAUGGAGGCUGCAAGACAAGAGACAGAACAGGUAAUGUUUGGUGCUUUAGAUACCCUUUUUGCUAACACUAAUGUUAAGCCAAAAGAUGUUGGGAUUCUUGUCGUUAAUUGUAGUUUAUUUAAUCCAACACCUUCAUUAUCUUCAAUGAUUAUCAACAAGUAUAAGAUGAGGGGUAAUAUUAAAAGCUUUAAUCUUGGUGGUAUGGGAUGUAGUGCUAGUGUUAUAUCUGUUGAUUUAGCUAAAGACAUGUUACAAGUUCAUCGGAACAAUUAUGCCAUUGUUGUUAGUACUGAAAAUAUUACACAAAAUUGGUAUUUUGGUAACAAAAAAGCAAUGUUGUUACCAAACUGCUUGUUUCGAAUCGGUGGUGCUGCGGUUUUAUUAUCGAAUAAAUCAGUGGACCGACGAAGAAGCAAGUAUAAACUUAUUCAUGUGGUACGUACACAUUGCGGUGCUAAUGAUGAGGCGUUUAACUGUGUCAGACAAGAACAAGAUGAUAUUGGGAAAACAGGUGUUUCAUUGUCUAAAGAUUUGAUGACGAUUGCUGGUAAUGCACUUAAGUCCAACAUUACUACGUUAGGUCCCCUUGUUCUUCCCAUAAGUGAACAAAUCUUGUUCUUUGUCACAUUAGUUGCCAACAAGUUGAUCAAUGCUAAAAUCAAGCCUUAUAUCCCGGAUUUCAAGCUCGCGUUUGAACAUUUUUGUAUACACGCCGGUGGGAGAGCCGUGAUCGGUGAGCUCGAGAAGAAUUUGUACCUUCUCCAGGUACAUGUUGAAGCUUCUCGUAUGACGCUUCACCGGUUCGGUAACACCUCAUCGAGUUCGAUUUGGUACGAGCUAGCCUAUAUAGAAGCGAAGGGUCGGAUGCGGAAGGGGGAUCGGAUUUGGCAGAUCGCUUUCGGGAGCGGUUUCAAAUGUAACAGUGCAGUUUGGUUGGCACUCAAGAAUGUUAAGCCAUCAUGUAAUAGUCCCUGGGAAGGUUGCAUUCAUAGGUAUCCAGUGCAGCUUAGCCUGUAAUGGGAUUAAUCAAAGCGAUUUUCAAUGUUUAUUAUUUUGAGUGCUUGAAUUUUUAGGUUGAAAUAUGUCAUAUUUUAUGUACUUUUCACAAAUUCGAAAUUUAAUUCAUUUAUUCUUCAGA